GAAAAAAUAAUCACCCAAAAAAGAAAAAAACAGAAAAAGUUCCAUCCAAGUGAACCCAGAUGAUGGUGGCAGAAUGGGCACUUCUGCAACCACCUUCUCCGCCGCCGGCAGCCUCUGCCGGCCAUUCAGCUGCAUUCUCUUCUCUAAGCAGCCUCCCACUGCCUCCUUCCUUCUCCACCACCACCAUCACCACCUCCACCACCCAUUUCCAUUGAAAGUUACAAAUGAUCCAAAUAGGAGGACAGCAGAGGUGUCAAUAGAAAGUGAAAGAUCAGAGGCCGAUAAGAUUGUGGAUGGAAUGGACUUUGGGGAGCUCUGCAAUGAGUUUGAAUGCAUCAGCAGCCCCCUUGUGGAAUCCACGGCCAGGCAACUCGCCCGCGACAUUCUAGAGCUUCGUGAAGGCAACCGCGCCCUGGGAACCUUUGCGGUUUCAGUCAAGUACAAGGACCCAGUUAGAAGUUUUACGGGUCGUGAGAAGUACAAGAGACGGCUAUGGGUGACCGAUGCACUAGAUGAUCCGUCUGUGACUGUGCAGGAGAUGGUGAUGCUGUCGACAAGUGUGCUGAGCAUCAAGUGGACGAUCAAAGGGAAGCCUAAAUCUCUACUGGCUAGUAUUGGAGGAGAUUUGAUCAUUAGAGUCAACUCCCAGUUCACUCUGAACCAGAUAAGUGGCCAGGUGAUUGAGCACGAAGAGUUCUGGGAUUUAUCAGCAUCAUCAGCCAUUGCUCAGGCGUAUUUCUGGGCUUCUCGUCGCCUUUUUGCUGCAACUGAGGCUGGGAAAGAUUUUGCCGACUCUGUCAAGAACUGGGGGAGCCGUCUUUCAACUGAAAAAGAAAACCUGGAAAUCUAUCCUGACCCUUCUGGUGAUCCAACAAAGGUAACCAACCACCUACCCUUUUUUCACUAUCAAUCAGAAUCAUUUGAGCGGCGUCUAGGUUCUUUUCCUGUUUGGAGAACUGUUUCUGAAACCAAGUUGAAAUUUCUGGGAAAAUCCAUGUCCUAUGAACUGCUCAAAUGGCAUAUUUUCUCUAAUUCAGAUGCCUUCCAAACAUUACGAAAGCAUUUUUCCCCCCAAAAAAAACCUGAAAAGAAAACUAGAUUUGGAAGUAAUUUACGUGCAUCCUAUGAUAUUAUCAAAGUUAUAACAAGAACUCUAAACAAUGACAUUUAGUGUAAGACUCCUAAAGAAUAGGGAGUGUCAUGCAGAGAAAGAUGGCAAUUUCAUUCAUCAAUAUGACAUAUCCAUGAUUCUUGUACAGAAAGAUGUGAAGAAAACCAGAAAGUAAGAUAGGAACAUAAUGCAUUAUCUCAUCUUAAUCUGCAUACUUGCAACUGAAACAUGAUGUUUAUUUUCAUUCAUCCUUACUGGGUUUUGUCAUUGCUUGCUUUGAUUUG